AUGGCUACUCUAUCUGGGUCGUUUGUUAGUCGUCAAUGUAAAAUGAAUUAUAUAUUACUAUCUGAUAUAAUGAAAUAUGCUACUUGUAGCAGUUCAUCGAGAAAUUUUAUAGAAGGAGAACAAGUAUUACUAGCAGGACACGUCAUUUUAUGUGGUGAUCAAGAUAAUGAUCAAUUGUUUACCGAUGAAGAAGAAGAAGAAAUAAUGGAUGAAGAAGGAACAGAUGGUGAAGGAACAGAGGCAGAAGAAGAAGGAACAGAAAUGAACGACCAGAACAUUGAAUUGGCAGCAAAACUUCAAGUAUCAAGAUUCGGAAUAUGUUAUGUUUGUGAAGAAAUAGGUCUAGAAUACAGCAGCAUAUACUUAUGUUGCGAGUGCGAGUCAAAAAUAGAAGAACUGGUUGAAAAGGCGCAAACAGCCUUCUGCCGUGAUGGAUGUCCCAAAAAUUGUUCUUCCUGUCUUCUUUCUAUUGUUUUCCAAUACUUGAACGUGAAUAAUAUUUAUACAUAUGAGAAAAUCGAUUACAAUUUGGAAUUAAUGAUAGAGUAUGUGUAUGGAGGAUCGGAAGACAAGUCUUUGGAAGAAACAGGUGCCGAUGCUCACUUCGCCAAAUACAUGGAUCGGUGUUGGGAGCGAUAUGUUCAAUGGAUCUGGGAGCAGAAAGACAUCUUUCAACUGAACGUCGACCAAGUGAUCGUUCUUUUAAAAGCAAAUGGCAACAAAGGAAGGUACCUAACAGCAAUAGCCGAUCAAUUAGGCAAAGGGCCAGCCUUCAAAGUAGACGGGGGAUACAUCAAUCCAGAUGACAUAAAAUUUUGCGAGCAUAGAUGCUUGCUCAUUAUUAUCCUGAAAACAGCCACACAGAUGUUCGAUUUAAAAUUUACAUUUUACCAUUUGUAUCUCCUAAAGUUGGUUUGCCUCUUCAAGUUAGACGAGACAGCAAGUGGAGCGAGUAUCGCUCAUCCAGAAGCAACGAUAUUAGCUGAAGAAUAUUCGAUCUUAUUAAAGAAAAUAUGCGAAGUAGAAGUGCAAGUGGUAACAGUCGAAGAAGUUAUGAGUUUGGUACAGUUCCUUGACAAGGAAAUGACCAUCAGAGAUGAAAACAGUAAGACAGUGGAAAGACAUAUCGAGGAUUUAUUGGAGGAAAAUAGAGGAAAGAUCAGUUUUCAACCUCCACGCCCACUCGGAAACAAAAGUAUUUCAUAUCGCUUCAUAAAUGAAGGCUUCGCUCGAUGUCUGUUGAAAACAAGGAAGUACCUCUUGAAUCACUUUACUGUGCAUGAUUCUCGAAGCUUGAUUCAAGCCAAUAUAAUCAAAGUGGUGCUGUUUAUUCGCGCAAUGAGUGAUAUUCCAGAAUCGUCGCCCUACGAUGAUGAAAUCGCCUCAGAAUUGAAGUAUAUGAUUCAAAAUAUAAAAGACACUGCCUAUCGAAUGGGAUUACAUGAGGGAAACCCAUUAGUACCAACGCAAGUGGUGUUGUUGACGGAUCCGGGUGAUCAAGAUAAUGAUCAAUUGUUUACCGAUGAAGAAGAAGAAGCUACGCACGUCGAAUCGUGUUUAGUAAGACCCUGCGUAACCUAG